AUGCUGGAGUAUAGUCAGAUGAAUCUCAAUAACGAUCAACCAUCUCAUGAUUCAGUUAGAUUAAACCCUGCAAAUAUUGCUAAUACAACAGAUCGGUAUUCAACCAUUCCUAUUCCUGCUCUUGUUAUAAGAAAUAAAGAUUCUCAUGACAAAGAUCAGCCAUUUGAUAUAAAUGAUAGAGACGAUAUCUUGGUACAUAACAAUGGUGAAACAUUGACACAUACAUCCGAAACGAACGUUAUUUUAGAUAACAAUCACGAUACAAAUCUUAUUUCUAAUCACCACCAAAAUUUCUUCGAAAACAAUUUGAAUAUGGCCCAAGCAGGACAAACUCAAGUGACAGAAUUGAUUGAGAAUAAUGAAAAAACACCUGAUGUACAACAAAAAGAUUUUGAUCAUAAUCGUGCAACAAUUGAUUGUCAAACAACGCAGUCUAUAAAUCAUGUUGAACCAGAAACAGCUAAAAAAACAACACCAAAUAAUCAUCCACCAGAUGUAAAAGCUUGUGUAAAGGCUGUUUUACAAUAUCCGUCGAUAAUAUUAUCUGCAUCCGAUAUUGCUCUUGCCACUCGUCAUUACCCGGGUGUGAUUCGUGAGCGUAGUAUUCAAUUAAUGAUUCAUAAACAUCUGUUACGUGAGGACAAUUAUUUUGUUCGAAAGUUAUCCAAAUCGAUGAAGAUGACAAAAGGCUUCGUUAAACAAGUGCCACGAGUAAAUGACGAACAAUCUCGUUUUGAUUUAAUCACGGCUUUAAAUGAGUUUGGAAUCACGUGGACAUUAUUUCAAUCAUUCUUCGAUCUUACAAGAAAUGGUUUUCAUACGACAACGCAAUUGCUUUUGAAUCAAACCGCCGAAACUUUACUGGAUUCAGAAGAUUAUCGCGGUUACGUCAACUAUGAUAAACGUGCAGUUUUUCGUCCGAUCGAAAAUAUGUUGAUAGAACAAGAUGAAUUAGAAUAUGGAGAUAACGUUACAGGGAUAGAACCAUUUGAAAGUGCAGCAAAAGAAAGCAGAAAACGAACAAAAUCGCAAGCUAUUUCUCAAUCCAAAAGAAAAAAGAAAUAA